AUGAUUCUGCCAGGCCUCACCCCACAUCUCUUGUCGCAGCAGCAGUCGAGCGCGCGCGCGUUGCAAACCUUCAGCCGAGGCAGCUGGGGUCGAACUGGUUGCUGGCCUGGGCAUGCCCGUGUGAUGAUCUGGUUCAUUCUCUAUCCGCUGCGAGGGACGACCGAACCGCCCAGACUCUCGCCCUCCCACCCCAUCCGCCGUGCUUUCCAGGCCCACGGCACCGCCACCGCGCAGCAUUGGCUGCUGUCCCUCGUCCUGACCAUCAGCAUCUCGGUGCUGCUCUGCUACCCGGCCGUCUUCCAAACCGACAGCCCCGCCGCUGCCGGCCUGCGCAACCUCCCCAAACAUGUCUGGACCUCGACGACCGAGAUCGAGGGCGACCGCCCUGCCGAUGUGGUCGUGCGCCAGGUGUGGGUGCACGGCGACUACAUGAGCGCCAUCAACAGGAGCGUGCUGCGCAAGGCCCUGGACGUUGAAAACGUCCUCCUCGGCGCUGCUUUCGAUGUGGAGCGCCCCAGCUCGACGACAACGACUGUACUCGCGCGUGCCAAUGGAGGCUGCAUCAUGCCCGGACCGGGCCAGAAGUGGGGAUGGCAGUCGCCCUUGAUGUACUGGGACUGUUCGCACGAGGCACUGGAGAGCGACAAGGACAUACUAGGAACGAUCAAUGCGCGCAGCAGGACCCAGACACCCAUGAACAUUACUCUGCGACCGAGCACCGUAUUUGCAGGCAAAACGUUCACCAACACCAAGCUUCGAGCGGCUGAUGCCUUGGUCCUCACCCUGUUCGAUCGGACAGACGACCCAGAUCUGGGCGACAGAUGGGACGCAAAGGCGAGAGCGUUGGCAGAAGGACUAGACAAUGACUGGACCGUGUUUCCACCGGAUGGACAAAUUCUGAGAAACCGACUCUAUGAGUUCCGCGUUAAGCCAAUGACAAAGCUGGACGACAUAUUCCUUGCCGCAUCAUACAUCAUCACUGCGGUGUAUGUGAUUUCGAGAAUGAUGCAGCUACGUGCUGUCAAGAGCUGGUUUGGAUUGCUCAUCACCAUCUGCGCCAAGAUGGCUAUUUGCAUCAUCGCCAGUUUCUCGCUAUGCACCUCGCUGGGGAUUGACUUGGCAAGGAUACCAAGGCCCUGGUUUCCGGCAGUGGUCUUCUGCUAUGGACUUGGAAACAUAUUUCGACUGAUCAACGCUGUUCUGGAAACACCGCCGGAGAUGCCUCCUCAGCAGCGAAUCGGAAACGCACUCGGAGAAGUGGGUCAUUUGUCUCUUGCGGUUGCCUUCCAGAAUCUUGCUCUGAUCUACCUUUGCUCAAGAUUUGUCUCACCAUGGGUAGCUGAUUUUUGCGUGUUUGCUGCGGUUACGCUCGUUUUCGAUUUCGUCUAUCACCUCACCUUCUUUGUCGCUGUUCUGAGUGUCGAUGUACAGCGAAUGGAGCUAUCCGACUCGAUUGGACAGGCCGAUCCGACCCAGGGCUCGAAGAAAAAUCGGCCUGAACGACAGUCAUGGCUCACUGCCUUGAUGGAAGGUACCACGCCGCUGAGCACGCGUUUCGCCGGUACAGUCGCAAUCUUCUCCAUCAUUUUGGCCAUCAAUUGGCACUUCUUCGAUUUCAGCGAUCAACACCUAUCUUUGGACACGGUCAGGAAGAGACUCAUGUCCAGAAAACAAAGGCGGAGCUUCGGGACUCAGAGGACCUCACCACCAAUCAAUCAGGCGAGAACGCCCGCCGAGUGGCUCAAAUUACAGGAUCACAAUACCGCCAGGGAAAUGUUUGCGAUUCUCAAGCCUGGCGCUCACAGCUUCGUCGCUCGAAUUCACGACCCUAUACUGUUUGUUGCAAAAGGAGCACGAGGGCGAGACAAACCCCAGCAGCCCACUACCCUCAUGGCCUGUCUUCGGCGCUUUGCGCAGGGUCAUGCUUUUCCGGCAGCCCUAAUGGCAGUGUUUCUGAUAGCUGGCGUGACAUUGCUUAUGAACUACCUCUUGUGGACUGGUCUCCCCGAAGUUAUAGAUGAAGACGAGGAGAAGGAGGCGUCUUUCUGCGUCAAGACACUACCUACGCGGCAGACAUUGGACGUUGUUCAGGUGUCAACGUGCUCCAAAGGUCACCUGGCGAGUGUGAGCUUGGACAGGACCACCUCGAUCUGGCUGAACGGACGGACAGGAUACCUGUCUACGAUUUUGCAGACAGCUUCCAUGAAACCCAAGCUGUGGCCGAUCGUGGCGAGUGCUUUGGAUGAGAAUGGCGCUUUUCUUGCUUUGGGCACCGACACUGGGCGGAUUGGCUUGUGGAGCAUCACUGCCUCGCGCUUCUUAAUGUUCCCUACGGUUGAUUUCCGGGGACAAGUGCCAAUACUGUUCUCGUUCGUCAACGUCACGCGCAACGACAACGAGAAGCCAUAUGUCAUGAUUCUCAGUCCGGACGGCCAUCUGACCGAACUCGAGGCACGGACUGGCAUUCAUCGAACGAAGCGUGUCAGCGCCAGUUCCAUACUCUGUGCCGGGCUUUAUGUCAGUGCCAGGGGCGAAGUCAGUCUCGUCUUCGUGUGCAAACCGGGCGAAGUGCACAUUCUAUCGUUGCAGGACCCGAGCAACAAAACAUCCGAAGUUGUUGCUAGUCUAGAUCCCGGCCCACCGCCUGACAGCAACCCAUCCAAGGUGAAGUGCAUCCAAGGCGUGCCUAGCCUCGGGCUGAUCUUCGCUCUUCGUGACGAAAGAGCCGAGAUGUUCGAGUUCAACAGCAAGGCACUGAUACAUGCUUUCGAGAUAGGGCAUAUCAAGCCACACUCUUUCCGAGUCAUGCAUUCUGCAAGGCGUCAAUGCUCUUGUGGAGCAACUGCUGUGCAUGCGUUAUCUGUUGCGUAUGCUGAGCAGGACACCGAGCACAUGCUGAUGCAGACGUUCACGCCCAAAGCCGUCCCAUCAUCGCAAAUAUGUCUUGGAAAGCAGCCAGAUAGAAGGAAGCACCAGUGCCGGGGACUCGAGAGCGCGGCUGAGGCUGUCUACAUUGUCGAGGCUGCCGGCGUGUGGGAUUCGACAAACGAUUCUGGCGUAGCAGGUGUUCGCAGGCGGGCACAAUCUACUUCAGCUUCUUCGGUGGCAUCUGAUGACGAUGACGAAGCUGUUUCGAGUUCAGUCACUCUGACAUCCGCUGUGAGACAACGAGCCAGCAGACCUAGCAGCUCACAUGUCUCGUCGGCCAAGAACCGUCGCUACCAGCACACAACAAUCAACGACAGCGACCCAUGGGAGGCAUGGACCCUGUCGUUGACUGGCGAGUACCGCUCUCGUCCACUGCUUGCUGACAACAACGAUGACAUGGAGGACGACGCCGAAGACGAUCUGUUCGUAGUAGCUCCUGGACCCAUAGCGAAGUUGGGCAAGCGCAGCGUUGCAGUCGGGUUCGGUAACACAAUAAAGAUCAUAACGCUGGGUAGGGAGCUCUUUGACGGUCUGGCGACGCACAAUGGCGGUGUUGAUAUCGGGCUUGGGAGUUAUAGGGCAAGGGCGAAAAGAGGGACGGACAGAAAGGCGCUCUGA